AGGAGAGGGCAGGCGGUGGGAGCUGCGCGGCGUGCUGGCCCGGGUCCGACCGCCUCCGACCGUUCCCUGUGCUUCCAGGCGGACGCCGAGCCUCUCCCUCACCUCCUGGAUUAGGACAGGUCGGAGUUGUCAGGGCAACUGCUCUGGGCGGCACAUGCCCUUUCCCCUCCUUGCCGAGUGCGGAACAUUUUCCUGUGCGGUGGUAGGGAGAAGACUGGGGAAGGGUGCUGCCGCUGCAGGAAGACGCUGGGAUCUGCAUGAGCACGUUAGGCGGUGGAAGGAGGCAGCAGACCCUGCGAGCCUUUCCUGGGGCUUUUCCGGAGGGAGAGUGCACGUUCCCGUGUGUGUCGAGCGCGUGUGCAAGCCGCGAGCUCCAGCCAGCCACAUGCCUGGGGGGAGUCAGUGGGAGGGGGCGUGGAGGGGAGGUGCGGGGGUUGCUGCUAGGUGAGGGGGGAACCGCAGGGCCUCAGUUGCCAAGUAGCUGGUAGUAUCUGUCAGCUGUUUGCACACUGUUUACCAUAGGGGAUCUAUUACAAGUGCUCAAAUGAACCGGCCGCUUAGAAACUAGCAGCUUCCUGGGAGCUGCAAUUACAUAAGCAUAUAUUUUUAAUAUAAUAAUUAAAAAACAAGUAGCUGCGGUAUGCCUGGAUCAGCUACAGCUAUUCGACAAGAGAGACUGAAGAAGACCUGUGCAAGGCCAAGUCCCCUUGGUUUAUUCACCAUUAAUGAGGAAGACGAACAGCAAAAGAAUGGAAAUUCCAGAAGACCAAAAGCACCUGAAAGCCACAAAGUGCAAGAUAAGAAAACUGCUGCCUCCAGCCGGCCCUCUGCUAUUUCAGGACAAAAUAGCAACUACUCAGGAAAUAAACCAGACCCUCCUCUCGUGCUACGGGUUGACGACCGGCAGCGGCUGGCCCGGGAGCGACGUGAGGAGCGUGAGAAGCAGCUAGCUGCGAGAGAAAUAAUCUGGUUAGAAAGGGAAGAGCGAGCCCGGCAGCACUAUGAAAAGCACUUGGAAGAACGGAAGAAGAAACUAGAAGAACAGAGGCUGAAGGAGGAGCGGAGGAGGGCUGCUGUGGAGGAAAAGCGGAGGCAGAGGCUGGAGGAAGACAAAGAACGCCAUGAAGCUGUUGUAAGACGAACAAUGGAAAGGAGCCAGAAGCCAAAACAGAAGCAAAACCGGUGGUCAUGGGGAGGCCCUCUCCAUGGGAGCCCUAGCAUCCGCAGUGCAGAUCCAGACAGGCGGUCAGUUUCCACCAUGAAUCUUUCGAAACAUGUUGAUCCCGUCAUUAGCAAGCGGCUCUCCUCUUCAUCUGCAACUUUACUAAAUUCUCCAGAUAGAGCUCGCCGCCUGCAGCUCAGCCCAUGGGAGAGCAGCGUUGUUAACAGACUGCUGACGCCCACACACUCGUUCCUGGCCCGAAGUAAAAGCACAGCUGCCUUGUCUGGAGAUACAGCAUCUUGCGGCCCCAUCAACAUCAUGCCCUACAAAGCUGCACACUCUAGAAAUCUGAUGGAUCGACCAAAAUUCUUGAUAACACCACCGGAGGGCUCUGCGAGAAGGAGGACUGUUCAUGGCACAGCGGGCUAUAAAAGAGAGAAGGAGAGAGAAAACCUACCGAUCCACCCCACAUCUGCUAUUCGGAGGGCUGUAUCUCCAUCUCAUCCCAAAGCAAGAUCACCAGCUCCCUCCCGACUCUGGCUUCCAUCCAAAUCCUUUCCGCAUCUGCCUGGCACACCCAGACCAACCUCCUCCUUGCCUUCUGGAUCAGUCAAAGUUGCCCCUGCCCAGGUCCGGCCCCCAUCCCCUGGCAACAUCCGCCCUGUCAAGCGAGAAGUCAGAGUGGAACCUGAGAGGAAAGACUCUGAGAAGGAGCCCCCAAAAGUUGUCAAUGAGCCAUCACUUAAGAGCAGGGCACCUUUAGUGAAGGUGGAAGAAGCCACAGCUGAAGAGGGGUCACCUCCCGAGCCAGAGGCUGCUCCUGCUGCUCCGGCCCCGGCCCCCACUCCAGCACCGGUCCCAGCCCCAGCAUCAGUCCCAGCCUCGCCAUCCACUGUGACUGCCAGCGCUUCCCCCAAGACCUCCGCAGGCACCACCGACCCAGAAGAGGCCACGAGGCUGCUAGCUGAGAAGAGGCGGCUGGCCCGCGAGCAGAGGGAGAAGGAGGAAAGGGAGAAGAGAGAGCAGGAAGAACUGGAAAGACAAAAGAGAGAGGAGCUGGCGCAGAAGGUGGCGGAGGAGCGGGCGCGGCGCGAGGAGGAGUCCCGCCGGCUCGAGGCGGAGCAGGCCAGGGAGAGGGAAGAGCAGCUGCGGCGGCAGGCGGAGGAGCGGGAGCGGCGCGAGCGGGAGGACCAGGAGCGCGCCCAGAAGCAGAAGGAAGAAGAAGCUCGCCUUCGUGAGGAAGCGGAGAAGGCUCGGCAGGAGCGGGAGAAGCACUUCCAGAGAGAAGAGCAGGAGCGCCUGGAAAGAAAAAAGCGACUUGAGGAGAUUAUGAAAAGAACCAGGCGAACAGAAGCUACAGAUAAGAAAACCAUUGAUCAGAGAAAUGGAGAUAUAACCAAGGGAGCUCUCACUGGAGGAACAGUGGUAUCUGCACUCCCAUGUGUGACAAACUCUCCAGGAAAUGGAGAACCAGUGGCCAGCCCACACGUGGUUACCUCACACCAAUCAGCAGUGACUGUGGAGAGUACUCCCAACUUGGAAAAACAACCAAGUGAAAAUGGAGUAUCUGUGCAGAAUGAAAAUUUCGAGGAAAUUAUAAAUUUACCCAUUGGAUCCAAACCAUCUAGAUUAGAUGUCGCCAACAGUGAAAGCCCGGAAAUUCCUUUGAAUCCAAUUCUGGCCUUUGAUGAUGAAGGGACAAUUGGACCCCUGCCUCAGGUAGAUGGUGUUCAAACACAACAGACAGCAGAAGUUAUAUGAGCAUUUCUUCUGAAGAACCAAAGCAGAAAUUUAACAAGAAUUUCUACAAUUAAUGGAAUUUCUUCCAUGCUAUAAAGGAGCAUCCCCUUCCUCCAGUUUUCUAAAGAUUUCUUGACCAUCAUUUUGAAAAGACUUUAUUAAAACCAGCUAAAGACAACAGACUGGAUAGCUUUUCUAAUAAUUUUCGCCAAUAGAAAAAAAGUUCCUUAUUCUUCAGUACUUUAAAAUGGCUUUUGCCAGUGUGCUCCUUCUUAGCAAAUCAAUAUUUUUCGCAUUCUUUAAAAGAUGAGAGCAUUUGGCUAUUUAAAAAAAAAAUGGGUUGACUAGGCAUGAUUUUUCACAUAAAUAUUUUGGUCUUUAAAAGCUAACAUAAAAUUGGCACAAAAAAUUUACCUUUUACAAUAUAAUACUUGAAAUUUAAGUACCUCUUUGCUCUACCAGUAGAAUGAAUAGGAGAGGAGUUUAAAUUAAGCCUGUUUGUUUAAAUAUUACUGCAGAGAGUUCUAUUUGUAGAAGCAAACUAUAGGCAGAUUACCAGGUUCUUGUAAAUGCAAUUUGUACAUGGACAUUCUGCAAACCCAGCUGUCACAUUCUUGCAUCUCUUUUUGCAAAAGUAUACUAAACAGUUUUAAAAUAUGAAAAAAACAUUAUUUUUUCAGAGCAAGAAAAUAUACUGUCCUCUUAAAUAAUGUAUUUAUAAAGUUUUUCCAGAUAAGCUAAUCAAAUAAAUUAGAACAACAUAACAACAUUGCAAACUUUGAUUUAUUAGAUGGCAUUCCUUAUGUUACUAUGAGAGAAUGUUUGUGAUGAUUCAGGGCUAUAUCUGAUGUCUGUAUAUUGCUGCUGUCCCCAGGGAUGAUGGGACUUACCCUUUGCCUUACCUGAUCACAAAUUAUUGGGGAGGGGGUGUUUAAAGAUUUAAUAUUUCUUUAAAUAAAAAAAGAAUUUGGUUUUGCUCGUUUAAGAGCAAUGAAAACAUGA